UGGGAGAUUCAGAUGCAUAUCCAACAAAAUUUCGGGGGGAAUGAAAAUGGAAACAACUCAUAACCAGGGUUAUAGUAGUAAAUUACAUCAAAACUAGGUAUUUCAAUAGACUUCUCUUCUGGGCUCUGCUCGAUGUCUGAGGGAGACUUGUAGCAAGAGCAAGGUAUCAGGAAGGAAGAGUAGAAGCUAGGACCCUUUUCUCUAUUCCAUCAGGGAAAUAUGCUGUUCUUUUCGUAUUUCAAGGACUUGGUUGGUAGGGAAGUGACAGUGGAGCUGAAGAACGAUUUGGCAAUCAGAGGAACGCUUCACUCUGUCGAUCAGUACCUCAAUAUCAAGCUCGAGAACACUAGGGUUGUCGAUCAAGACAAGUACCCUCACAUGCUUUCUGUCAGGAACUGUUUUAUAAGGGGAUCUGUGGUUAGAUAUGUUCAGUUGCCUCCAGAAGGUGUUGACAUUGAUUUGCUCCAUGAUGCAACAAGAAGAGAAGCUCGGGGUGGCUGAGUUUCGUUUAAAACUGUUUCUCGUAUUUGUAUGAACAUCUGACGUAAUUGUAGUUUAAAAACAGCUGUUUUGACAUUCUAAUGCUGUAUGUUUGUCCUGGUGACACAUGAAGAUCGAAGCUACACUCUUAUUGACUGGAGCAGAUUGCUAUUGGGUUGUGUAUGACAAUUUAAUUGCGCAAGAAAUUGUUUAAAUGCUAUGUUGAAGAAAUAUUUUGCA